AUGGCAUCGGCACAAACUCCAUCAAUACGAUGGCAGAACGCAUUGCAGCCGACGCCCGAUGGCUCUCAACUCAUGCCCAGAUUCCAACAUCUUACCACACCAGGACCACAAAUCAUCAAUACCUCCAGGACUCCUGCGGAUGCGGACUCGCAAAACUCCUUAAACAAUCUAGGGCAUCCAGAAGCGACAUGGCAGGUCGUUGGUGCAGAAACUAGCGGGCCUGUCAAUGGCGGCUCGCCCAACGCCAACGACGGAAAUGGUGGCAAUUUGAUGAAAUCGACUCCUAAAGUAGGAAAGAUGGCUAUAAUUGGUGCCGGUAAGGAUAGAACUCGAAUUGCCGGAUGGUUUCUUUCUCCCAUGUUUUCAAAUUGA